AUGGACCGAUUUACUCAGUUCCCCGCCGUCAAUGACGAUGGUGAUGAUGUUCACAUCGUACCCUGGCAGGUGGAUGCCCAACUCCCCUCGGACUUGUUUGCUUUGUCAUGGGCAAUCUUGUUACGUGCAUUCACAACUGAUGAGAACCCGGUCUUCUUAUUGAAUGGCGUGCCAGUCAAGGCAAAUUUAUCCACCCAAACAGUUCAACCGGCAGAUCUGGCUGCCGUAUCAGAUCUCUCAGUCAAACACACUGCUGUAGUGUUGGGAGAUUCUCUGUUCAGUGAUGAUGGACAUCCUCCGGUCUUGCGGUGGACCCUAGACCCCGCGACUCAGUUGGGAGCCUUACGUGCGACCGGAGGCAUGGACACGGCUUUCCUGUACCAGUUAGGCAACCAGCUGAAACAGAUCGUGCAAGAGCAGGCUGCUCAGAAGAGUAUACAAGUGACCCUCUCUGCCACCGAGAUUCCUGAUUUAGCCAUUUCAAAUGCCUCGCCCUCCACACUGCCAGGGCCUCAACUUCUACACGAGCUCGCCCUGCGCGGGCUCAAUGAUUUGAACCACGCCAUUGAAUUCCUCACUGCAGAUGGAGACGUUCGUUGUUUAUCGUACCGUGACUUGGACCGGUUUUCCUCGGAGCUAGCAAGUAAGAUAAUUCGUGCCUCAACGACCUCACAGGGCAUACAGAAGGUUGUGCCAGUACUUUUGCCGCAGUCUGUGGAGUUGUACAUUUCAUGGCUGGCAAUUCUCAAGGCUGGCGCAGCCUUCUGCCCCUUGAACACCGAUGCACCAACAGAUCGCAUUGAGUUUAUCCUACAAGAUGUGGCUGCAUCUGUAGUGGUCACAAAUAAUGCUCUUGCAACAAGGAUACCGCCGAAAGAGCAUAUUGUUAUUCUUACCGUGGACGAUCUCCAAACCAACACCUAUAGCCCAGAGUCAUCCCCAGACACCACUCCCACUGAUCUGGCAUAUGUCAUGUACACAUCUGGCUCCACGGGCCGCCCCAAGGGAGUCGGGGUGUCUCAUCUUGCUGCCACUCAAUCACUUCUUGCUCAUGAUGAUUUGAUACCCACUUUCAAGCGAUUUUUGCAAUUUGCAUCUCCCACCUUCGACGUUUCCGUGUUUGAGGUCUUUUUCCCAAUGAUGCGAGGGUCAACCCUCAUCGGUUCCGAGAGAGAGCACAUGCUUCUUGAUAUUUCCCAUGUGAUGACUACGAUGAGAGUUGAUGCUGCUGAGUUGACUCCGACGGUGGCAGGAGAGUUGUUGCGCACACGAGCGGCAGCUCCAUCCCUCCGGGUACUCCUCACAAUUGGUGAGAUGCUCACCAGACAUGUGGUAGACGAGUUUGGCCAGUCCGAGGACAGAGACGGCAUUCUCCAUGGGAUGUACGGGCCUACCGAAGCAGCAAUCCAUUGUACGGCUGCCACCCAUUUCCAGGCCAAUGAUCGUGUCAAUAUGAUUGGAAAGCCCUUUAAAACCGUUUCCGCGUACAUUAUGUCACUUCCAUCCGACGAUCCAUCUUCCACAGAGCUUCACCCCCUUCCACUAGGCCAGAUUGGAGAGCUUGUGGUGGGUGGUCCUCAAUUGGCAGACGGGUAUAUCAAUCGGCCCGAAGAAAACGCCAAGGCUUUCAUAGACAGUCCGGUAUAUGGCCGACUUUAUCGCACAGGAGACAAAGCCCGCAUACUCCCCACUGGAGAGAUUGAGUGUUUUGGCCGAAUUUCCAGCGGCCAGGUGAAGCUGCGAGGCCAACGCAUAGAGCUUGGCGAGAUCGAACAUGUCAUCACCAGAGCCUCCGGUGUCCGCAGUGCUGUAACAAUAGUCGUCGACGGGAACUUGGUUGCAUUUGUUCUGGUUACCGACAAGGGAACGACAAACAGCAGUCUCCGAGGUGUUUGUCGUCAGCUCUUGCCUCGGUUCAUGAUUCCUGGAGAAUUCGUUCUUGUCGACCAAUUCCCCCAACUUCCCUCGGGCAAGAUCGAUCGUAAAACUCUAGAAGCUGAUUUCAUCCGUCACCGAAGUACCGCUCGGUCUUUUGAUGACCAACCCUGCCGAGACGAGAAAGAAGAGUCUAUCGUAUCAAGCGUGGCUGAUGUGCUAGGCCGACGACUCUCGUCAACAGAGAGCCUGGCAGCAGCAGGCCUUGAUUCGCUAGCAGCAAUCCGUCUCGCGUCCCAUCUCUUGGAUGCAGGGAUUCGCUUAGGUGUGGCUACCCUACUGGAGGCUGACUCAGUGGGCGGGAUCUGGCAGCUUGCCACCACCCUUGAAGCGGCGAGCCCAACUGAGGAUACGCAAGCAGCACUGCACACUAUCCUACAGCUUGUCUCAGAUGCAGGUGCAGCAAGGGUUGACUCGCUGGGGUUGGGCGAGCAGAUUUCGGACAUCGUACCGUGUAGCCAUAUCCAACAGGCUAUGAUCUUAGAGACUGUUCGAGACAACAAGGCAUACUGCAACUGGAUUGAGCUGGAGUUUGAGCCCUCGGUCAGUUUAUCCUCGGUGAAAAAUGCAUUUGAUCAACUGGUGGCUCACAACGAGAUCCUGCGGUCUGGAUUUGUGGAAAUCGGCCUCAAAGACCACUCAUAUGGUCGCUUCACCUGGAAUACCAUUGCCGAGUAUAUUUCCGUGCAACAGGAACUUGACCACGAUUUGGGAUUGAGUAUGGGUCACGAUCUCUUGAACCCCUUUCGAGUGCAGAUCAAGGAAGGGAAGGAUCAUCUCCGCGUGCUGGUGCAUAUCCACCAUGCACUCUACGAUGGAUGGUCUUGGCAACUCAUGUUGAAAGAUCUCAGAAGUAUCUUGUCCGGAGAGAAGUUCAGUUCUAAGGCUCCAUAUAAUGUCGUCGCAAACCUUUUCAUUGAGCACAAACUGGACAAAUCGGCAACAGAGUCCUCAGCCUACUGGCGCAAUCAACUGCAAGGUGUUUAUCCUGCAAAUUUCCCUACUUUCCAUGGAAAUGCUGAUAUUAUACAUGCUACUGAAAAGGCUACUCGAGUGCUGGACAUAUCGGUAUCAAAAAUGAACGAAGUUUCCCAGAACCUUCGUGUAAGCCGGCAGACCAUUUUCCAAGCUGCAUUUUGUUAUAUUCUCUCUUCCUACCUUGGAACCGGCGAUGUCACCUUUGGAACUGUCUUUUCAGGCCGGACUCUACCUUUGAAGGGCAUUGAGACUGUUAUCGGGCCCUGUAUCAGAACCUUGCCUACACGCAUGAACCUCGAUAAAAUGCAAGACGUGACCGAUCUCCUCCUCGCCAUUCAGAAUAUGAAUCGCAAAUCGCUCGAGUAUGGCAGUCUUCCUCUUCAGGAUAUCAAGAGGGCUUCUGGUAUUGAAUUGGAUCGCAGUCUCUUUGACACGGCACUCGUGUGGCAGGAAAGCAUUUGGUCAGAUGAGGACCAGGGCUCGGUGUUCCGGGAAGUUGGAGCAGGGGAGUUUCUAGAAUUUGCACUUUUGCUGGAGUUUGAGCCGCGAGAAGAAAACAUCUUUGCCCGAGCGACUUACCAAAAGUCGGUGCUACCAUUCGAGCAGGCUAUGAUACUCCUCGAGCAGAUCGAUUCCGUAGCUUCAAUCUUGAUCGACAAUAUUGAGCUUCCGAUCCAGGAGAUCCGAUGUUCUCUUCCCUCGUCAAUGUUGUCUAUUCAAAAUGCGACAUCAUGCGAGCAAGUCGAUCUGCCAAGCUUGGCAUCUAGCGUUGAGAGGAUUGCCUUUACACACCCAGAUCGGGUCGCAGUUGAGCUGAUGCUCUGGAAGCCAAAAACUACUACUCCACUGGUCGAAAGAAUGACCUACGGUCAAUUAAACUCCCGAGCAAAUGGCCUUGCACACCUUUUGCUUCAUGUUGGAGCGACGAAAGCCGACCUAAUAGCCAUUCAUCUGACAACGUCCCUUGAGUUUUACGUUGCUGUGCUUGGAGUUGUCAAGGCCGGUGCUGGUCUCCUUCUACUUCCACAGGCAUCUCCACAGAUAAUUCACUCUAUUCUCUCCACAGCGAAAUCCAAGUUCUGCAUCGUCGAUCCUUUGACGGAAAAGAAUCAUCUCUUAGAUUCUUCAAAUUCCAUUCAGUUGAUUUACCUCUCUUAUUCACUGGAUAUUUAUCACGAUUUCAAUAUUCCCUAUACCAAUAAAGGGUCUGAUGCUGCAUAUGCUGAAGUGACGAUAAUUGAAAAUGACUUGACCGAAAACAUCCUCAUCUCACGCCAAAACUUGCAGAGCAAUAUCAAUGCUCUUUCAGACUUGUAUCCAACGCCAGCCGGGUCGAAAAUGCUAUCAUAUCUCCAAGGAUCAGGUGGUAAGUUUCCUGUGCAGAUUGAAUUUCUAGAUUAUUUUCCUGACAAGAAUACAGCAUCAAUUUGCCAGACAUUCCUCGCUUGGCAUACUGGUAUGACGUUGUGUUCAGCUACAGACACAAUUAUGAAGACUCACAUCGAGCAAGUCUGUCAAGAUAUGAACAUAACGCACCUUCACUUGCCGCCCAUGCUGGCCUCCCGUAUCGACCCGCAAUCUGUCCCUAGUGUGCAAUAUCUCUUCUUUUCAGGCGAAGAACUGACUCCCAAGCUCCAUCACAAUUGGGCCGGCAAAGGCCUCUACCAAGCAUACAGUAACAAUGCACUUGCUCAUGCAUGUACUCUUUGUCACAUGCAACCAUCGACCUAUGUUCGAAACAUUGGUUCACCCCUGAAUAACACAUCUGCGAUGAUUAUGACAGAUGGAGAUUCACUCAGUCUUCUUCCACGCGGCGCCAUUGGAGAGUUAUGCUUUGGCGGGGAUCAAGUUGGGCGCUAUCUACCUGACUCCAAGCCGGCAGUGACUGGGCGAUUUGUUGACCAUCCUGAAUUUGGUCGGAUCUACAGAACGGGUGACUUUGGAAGACAGCUUGCUGAUGGUACACUCAUUCUUUCCCGAAGUUCUGGCCUUGUACAGUCGUAUCCUCUGUCAAUUGAUCUCGAUGAAGUUGAUCGUGCUCUUAUGACUUUGGACAAUAUUCAAGAAUCAGUAAGCAUGAUUUUGGAUGAGCCAGCACUGAGUCAACAGCGAUUGGCUGUAUUUUGGGUUCCUUCAACGAAAUACUCAGAUCCUGUGCAAAUCGAGGCAGCUACGAAUGAUCUUUUCAAAGAGCUUAUCAAGAAACUCUCUUCUUCUAACCUUCCAUCGCUUCUUGUUCUCGUGGACGCAAUAGAUCUCACUCUGGCUUUCAAGACUAAUCACUUUAUGUUGAGGCAACGGCUGGACCAGCUGACAGCUAAGGAACUUGCAAUAUUUUCGCCAAAGCUCAGUGCCGAUGAUACUGGUGACAGUUUUACCGAACUCGAGAAGACCAUCUCUGACGCACUAUCGGCAGUUACUGGCAUCAAAAAAAGCAACAUCCGCAAGUACACGUCUUUUUAUAGACUAGGUCUAGACUCUCUUUCUGCCAUUUCCUUCUCACGGAAGUUGCAGGAGUCCGGAUGUGGAAGGCUUGCUGUGUCCACAAUCCUACGCCAUAGCUCUAUUGCUCAACUUGCAGCUGUCAUUCCUACCGCGACUAACGAGUAUCAGCCCAAACAGGCUGUGGUGGCUGCGUCACCAACGGUGCUCGAUGAAAUUUUCACUCGUCAAGUAGAAGAUGAGUUCAAAGAUGCAGCCAUCACGAUUCGGAGCAUUUAUCCUUGCACUCCCCUCCAGGAGGCUAUGCUUGCAGCUGAGUCUAGUGGUCAUUUGGCUUAUUUCAACCACCUCUUGCUUCUUGUGCACGCCGAUUCGGAGGCCAUGAGAACAGCAUGGACUAAUAUAAUGCAAAGGCAAAGUAUACUUAGAACUUGUUUCACGCAGACUAAUGAUAAGCGGUUCGCAUAUGCUCAGGUUGUACUGGAUACAUUGGACUUGCCGUGGUCCCAUAUCGAGACUUCAUCUUCUGCGCUAGACAAUGUCAUCAAGGAAAGCAAGUCCAAAUUUGAGGGUCUUUCUCCUGUCAACGGCCAAUUACCCUACUCGCUAACUUUGAUAACCGACUCCACUGCACAGAAGACAUAUCUUCUACUGUCCAUUCAUCAUGCAUUGUAUGACGGAGAAGGCAUUGCCCAGCUAUUGCAUGAGAUCCAACUGUUGCUUUCCAGUCAGGAAUUGCCACCAAGCACCCCAUUCCGCAGCUUCGUCGAUUAUAUGACUUCUAUUGAUCAUGGCUCGUCGGACGAAUACUGGGAUCAGUACUUGUCCGGUGUUUCACCAACCCUCCUUCCCACACCUGAGCCCACAGCAAAUGCAGAUGAUGCAUCACACCAGAUCCAUACAUCCCUAAAUGGCUCCUUUAUAUCGUUCAAACAACAAUGCAGGGAUCUCUCCGUAACCCCUUUGAACAUUUUCCAUGCUGCAUGGGCCAGACUCCUUUCUUUAUACACCGGUUCAUCCGACGUCUGCUUCGGCAAUGUCUUCAGCUGCCGAACCAUUCCCUUGGAUGGCGCAGGUCAGAUAGUUGGGCCUUGCUUCAACACACUCCCAAUUCGAGUCAAGUUCUCCUCGAUUGCAACAAAUAGCGACCUCAUGAAAUUGGCACAAAGGAGCAAUAAUGACAUUUUGCCUCACCAACUCAGCCCUCUGCGGCGUAUUCAACGGCAUGUUAUUGGCGAUGGCUCUCGCCUCUUCGACACGCUGGUCAUUUUCCAAAACAGAAAUACAGAUCUCGAUCGAAAUGUCUGGGAGCUUCUUCAAGAUGAAGGAAACAUGGGAUUCCCUUUGAUAUGUGAGAUCGUUCCCGAUGAGUUUGCCGACAACAUACAAAUCUGCCUCCACUUCCAAGUAUCUCAGAUCUCACAAGCAAUGGCUGAGAACAUUGCGCGGGACUUUGUGGCCCUUGUUGGACACAUCACUCAAUACCCAUCUGCUCAGGCAUCCGAUAAGCGGUUAUUGGGAGCAGAAAUUCCUCGAGUCUUUGAACAGAAGGUUUUCCAAGCGACAAACUCUGUCCAGUUUCUGACAAAAUCUCGCCAAAAGCGCCCUUGGUCCUAUGAAGGGGAGAUUGUUCGUGAAAUUCUUUGCAGGUUUUCUGAUGUUGACCCGGGUAAUGUAUUCCAGGACACGACGAUCUUCCAACUUGGCCUGGAUAGUAUCAAUGCUGUUCAGGUAUCGGCGAAGCUGCGAGGAUUAGGGUAUAAGAUCUCAUCUGGUGAUAUUCUCGAGGCUGCUUCUAUUGAUCAAAUUGCUUCUCUUCUCACUCCUAGCACAAAUGUUGUUGAGCAAGCUGAGUUUGACUUUGAACUUUUCCAAACCCAUCAUUUACAAUCUGUUUGCGAACAACUUGAGAUUUCUUCGCAAAUAGUGCAGUCUCUGCGCCCUUGCACACCAGUUCAAAAUGGCAUGCUGGCAAUGUUCACACAUUCUCAUGGUGAAGUGUACUUCAAUCGAAUGGCGUUGAGGUUCUCGACAUUUUUGGAUAAGAACGUUUUGAAAGAAGCAUGGUCUAAGGUCAUGGCUCAGCAUGAAAUGCUUCGAACAGGCUUUGUUCAAUUGCGCAAUCAGCAAUAUCCCUUUGCUAUGAUAACUUACAAUGAAAACAGCAAACUACCAUGGUACGAGACCUCGACCUCCAUGGCAAACACUUCUAGUGUUCAAGAAAAGCACGUUUUGGAUAAUCUUCAUCAGCCUCCAUGGAGGAUUGAAGUCGAGGCAGGUGACAAUACCACUAUCAUACAUUUCUCUGCAUUGCACGCUAUUUAUGAUGCUCAGUCUCUGGCUACCGUAUUUGCGGACGUCAGAGCAGCAUAUGAAGGAAAAGUUCUAGCUACACCAGCACCAGUCGCCGAAACUCUCGGCCCUAUCCUUGUUGAAAGCAAGAACCAAAGCGAAUCUGCACAAUCUUUUUGGAAAGAACUGGCCCCAGAAGUGCAGUCCUCCAAAUUCCCCGACUUAAAUCCCAUCCGCACAGACGAGCGAACAUUACUCACCACCUCCAUCUGCUGCGCACAGUCUCGCAAGGCUCUUGAAGAUGCCUGUCGAGAUAUUGGUGUGACACUACAAGCAGCUGGACAAGCUGCAUGGGCUCGCUUGCUCUCUGCAUACACGGGCGAGCCCAAUAUCACAUUUGGGACCGUGCUUUCGGGUAGGAACUUGUCUGCUGCUGCUCAACAUGCGGUAUUCCCGUGUUUGGUCACGGUGCCGACCCCCCUACAUAUCGAUGGUUCCAACCAACAGCUUUUGGACCGUACGUUGAAGCGGAACGCUUUAUUAGUGAAAAAUCAGUUUGCGCCUCUAUCGCAUAUCCAGCGCUGGCUGGGUAGCGAUGAGCCACUAUUCGACACGCUAUUUGUAUAUCAGAAGUUUACCUCGCAUGCUGUUGAUACUGAUGGGUGGGAUGUUAUGGGCGAGGAGACAAAGAUUGAUUAUCCUGUCUCUAUCGAGUUGAUUCCACACUCGACAGAUCUUCAGAUUUCGCUAAGCUACCGGGCCGAUCUUGUACCCACGGAGCAAGCAACGAUCCUCUUGAGUCAGUAUGACAAACUUUUGCAGGAUACUGUUUUCCAUCCAGAUGCCAACUCCAACGAUUACGGAUCUGUGGGUAGCAGUCUGCUAUCUAUUACUCCUGCUAAAGAAGCGCCAAUUCCUACCACGGUGUCUUUACUACAUCAAUUCGUCGAAGCAAAUGCGCUCAAGAUUCCCGAGAAGAUUGCGUUCGAAUUUGCCUUCGGUGACACUGCAGACUGCCUCCAGAAGAAGACUUGGUCCUACCGUGAGUUCAAUGAAUGCGGCAAUCAAAUUGCUCAUUUUCUACAGGAAAAGGGAGCCGUUCCUGGUGGAAUCGUGGGAAUAUGCUUUGACAAGUGCCCUGAAGCUUCCAUGGCAAUUCUGGGUAUCAUGAAAGCUGGAUGUGCAUAUCUGGCUAUUGACCCCGGUGCCCCUAUCUCUCGCAAGCAAUUCAUGUUGGAGGACUCCGGUACCAAGAUACUCCUUUGCAAUCAAUCACAGAUAGAGGAGCUGGAGGGUCUUCCAGCUAUUGACGUCCAGGCGCUUGAUGAGUCAGGGCUGCUUGAUGCGAUCUCAAGAAGCGAUGUCUCACUUUCACGUCCGAUUAAGCCAGAUGAUACCUGUUAUUGUCUGUACACUUCCGGCACAACCGGAACACCCAAGGGCUGUGAGAUCACGCACGAUAAUGCUGUGCAAGCAAUGCUGGCGUUCCAAAGAUUGUUUGCAGGACACUGGGACGAAGAGUCUCGGUGGUUGCAAUUUGCCUCCUUCCAUUUUGACGUCAGUGUUUUGGAACAGUACUGGAGCUGGAGUGUUGGAAUUUGCGUCACUUCCUGUCCGCGAGAUCUGCUGUUUGAGGAUCUGACUGGAACGAUACAAAAGCUUCAAAUUACGCAUAUUGAUCUCACGCCCAGUUUGGCAAGACUAGUCCAUCCCGAUGAAGUCCCUUCCCUCUGUCGUGGAGUCUUCAUCACAGGUGGAGAGGCGCUGAAACAAGAAAUCCUUGAUGCCUGGGGCAAGCAUGGUGUUAUCUACAAUGGAUACGGGCCUACUGAAGUUACUAUCGGAUGCACCAUGCUCCCACGGAUGUCUGCCAAUGACAAAGCCUCAAAUAUCGGGCCGCAGUUCGAUAAUGUGGGGUCUUAUGUCUUCAGCCCCGGCACCACAACACCAGUCAUACGCGGCAGCAUAGGCGAACUCUGCGUUUCAGGACCUCUCGUUGGAAAGGGCUAUCUGAACAGACCGGAGCUUACCAAAGAACGAUUCCAAGAGCUCCCAGAAUUCGGCGAUCGAAUCUAUCGCACAGGCGAUCUUGUAAGGAUUUUGCACGAUGGAAGCUUCCAGUUCCUUGGUCGUAUCGAUGAUCAGGUCAAGCUCCGCGGACAGCGACUUGAGAUUGGUGAAAUUAAUGAGAUUAUCAAACAAGCCACACCUGAAUUGAACGAAGUUGCUACCCUGGUCAUCACGCACCCCACGCAAUCCAAGGAUCAACUUGUUUCCUUUUUCACGUCUGUCACUGCAGAUAAGAAAUCUCGUGCAGUUAAUGUUGUAGUUCGAUCUUCAGAAGAUGAUCGCGCCCUGCUGUCAAAGAUCAAGGGCGCCUGCCUCACACAUCUUCCUGGGUAUAUGGUACCUACACAUAUCAUCCCGAUGACCCGCUUCCCACUCUCUGCCAAUAACAAGGCUGAUAUGAAAGUCUUGAAGAGUAUUUAUCAGGAGCUUUCUCUGGAGGAUAUUCAGAAAUUGAGCUCGAUGAGUGUUGGCCAGCCUACUGACAGUGUUCAGGAACAAAAGAUCAUAUCUGUUCUGGCAAGGUUUAUCGGUUCUUCUGAGGAGAAGAUCUCGUCAUGGUCCAGUAUCUAUGAGCUUGGUCUGGAUUCUAUAUCUGUUAUUGCUUUUUCGAGAAGUCUCCGGGAGGUCGGGUUUUCUCAGGCUCAGCCAUCAAUCAUCAUGAAGUAUCCUACAAUUUCCGGGAUGGUAUCGGCUCUACGGGCGCCUAACCCGUUUUCUGUUUUCAUGGAAACCAUCCAACAAAAUGCCAAGCAAGGCAUCGAGGCUUUCGCUCACAAGAACUCCCCCGCCAUUACCGAGCAUAUUGGAGGUGAUAUUGAAAAGAUUGCGCCCUGCACUCCCCUCCAGGAGGGUAUCAUAUACCACUACCUGUCUAGCAGCACGCCAUUAUAUUGCUCAUCUUUCACUUUCGAGCUCGACCCUUCCGUCAACCUUGAGAAUUUGCGUGCAGCUUGGGAUCAGGCUCAGAGAGAUGUUCAAAUGUUGCGCGCCAGGUUUUUCCCAUCUCCCGACGGCUAUGCUCAAGUUAUCAUGAAGAACGAUGCCCUUGAUUGGUUUUUUGAUACGGUCGGUGCUAAAGAGGAGAUUGACAACUUGCGCAAACAACGACAUGACCACUGGUCCACUCAGCUCAACGAUCUUUCGUCUAAUCUUUGGGAAGUCGGGGUCAUCUCUUCCCCCGAGACUUCGGUAAUGUGUCUGAACAUCUUUCAUGCUCUCUAUGACGGAAACAGCCUGGUUCUGCUGCUCGAAUCGGUUGCCCGAAAUUAUCUCGGCCAGAACAAGAGCUUGCAGUCAAUCCCAGAUUUCCUUGAUGUGUUGCACUUGGGUCCACUUUGCAAAGACCCUGCUGCAGAAACAUUCUGGAAAGAGCAUCUUGCCGGCUGCCGUGAUUGGCCUUUCGCCGAGAAUGGCCAAGUGGACAGCGCACCAAUUCUGCUCAAAGUUCAAAUGGAUUUGACAGAGCAGGUCGAUCAUCUUCACCGGUCUCUCAAUGUUACAGAGCAAGCUGUUUUCCAUGCCUGUUGGCUUCUCACUCUCCAGCAGCAAUACUCAUUUGUGCCACCACUUGGCAUCGUUGCCUCGGGCAGGACACUCGAUGUACCAGGCAUUGGUGAUGUUAUUGGACCGCUGUUUAACACGAUCCCCAGCAACGUCCAGCUGCAUGGGUUGGAGUCCUGGUCUGAUGUCGCUCGGCGCUGCCAUGACUACCACGUUUCCAUGAUUCCAUUUCAAUAUACCGCAUUGCGGGACAUUGUGAAAUGGCUCGGAAAGAACUCCGACGAGCGACUCUUCAACUCUUUGUUUGUCUUCCAGAGGGAAGAUGAUAAUGACGGAUUGUUCUCAAAAGAUCUUUGGCGCACACUCAACUCAGAGGCCCUGCAUGAGUACCCUCUAGCCUUUGAGAUUGUGCGCAAUGGCAAGAAGUCUUUGACAGCCACCAUUGCGGCAAAGAGUCACGCAAUAUCGUCGGAGGAUGCUCAGCAGAUGUUAUCUAACUUCGAGCAAAUUCUUUCUGAGUUUGCGCAGGACCCCAACAGAGAGUUACCCAAGAUGAAAGGAGUCUCUCUCACACAAGUUGUGACGAAUGGUGAAGUGAAUGGUCAUUACAGGGCUCUGACAGUACCGGAACAAACCAAUGAUGAACAUAACAAUGGCUCUUUGUUUGAAUGGACUUCCCAGGCUUGCAAAAUCCGCGACGUGAUCGAAACCCUUGCGGGAGUUGAACCGCAAUCCAUCAGCGAGAACACGACAAUCUUUGAAGUUGGACUUGAUAGCAUUGAUGCAAUCAAAAUCUCUUCGCGGUUGAGUAAAGCCGGCAUCAAACUUCCCGUGAGCUCCAUCAUGCGUCAUCGUACAGUGAAGGUCAUGAGCGAGCAGCUAUUGGUGACAAAUGGCCAUACCAAAGAUGAGACAUUGCCAUUACUCAAUCAGCUUGAGAGAUCGUUGACCAAAUUCGUCGGAGCUGAAUGUCUUCUUCCCCCAAGCGCGACUCGAAUCCUACCAGCUACACCCAUCCAAGAAGCUAUGGUAGCAGAAAUGUCUGCCUCUAUGUACAAGCAUUAUUACAACCACGAAAUUCUCGAGCUUGAGCCAGAUGUGGACAUUGAAAAGAUGGAGUGGGCAUGGAAAGCUGUCGUUAGAGCCCACCCCGUCCUCCGUACUUCAUUCGUUGAAGUCUGGGAUCCGCAGAUUCCUGUUUCAUACGCUCAGGUAGUUCAUGGCGAAGAUAAAAUUGACCUCCAGACUGUUUAUCUGCACGGUGUCUCUGUGGAAUCCAUUAUAGAGACUCAGCGUUCAAGAGCCUGCAAUGAAUUAAUCAGCAGCCCUCUACUCUCUAUUACCAUUGCGGUGGACGGAGAUAGGCGGUACCUUGUUUUGUCGAUUGCGCAUGCUCUCUAUGAUGGCUGGUCAAUCAAUCUGCUUCAUGAAGAUGUUGCCAAAUCCUAUGCUGGUACUGAGUGUUCCCGCCCACCCGUCGAUGAUAUUCUCGAGCAGAUUAUCUCCUCAUCUGGGGAUGAAGCCCUCAGAUUCUGGCGAGCAACUCUAUCCAACUUCACCCCGGCGUCAUUCUCGCCUACGGAGCACGCUGACAAUGGCUCGGCUAUCAUUCACCGAGCAGAGCAAUCAUUAUCCGUGCCACUAUCCAAGGCCGAGGCAUUCUGCAAACGUCAUGGCAUUACUCUUCAGGCGCUUCUUGUCAGUUGUUGGUCUCUUGUCCUUGCCACGCAUGUCAAGAAGCUAGAUGUGGCAUUUGGGCUUGUCCUUUCUGGCCGGAAUGUGGCUGACUCUGAGCAUGUGAUGUUCCCGACCAUGAACACUGUCGCCAUGAGAGUUAUUCUUCAUGGUACGCGUAUAGAAUUGGUGAAGUAUGUGCAGGAGGCUCUCUUGGCAAUGUCAGAGCAUCAGCAUUUCCCGCUUCGGCGCGUCAGACCAGAUAGGGAGUCAAGGGCGUUGUUUGAUACGCUUUUCGUGUAUCAGAAAAGACCGAUGGAAAAUGUCCAAACUGGACAGGUUUUGUAUAAAUCUAUUGGUGGAGCAGCUGAUGUUGAAUACCCUGUUUGCGUCGAAGUUGAAGGUGUCGGAGAGGAUCUAGUUGGGCGGGUUGCGUGUCGUGGAAAUGUUGUCGGGGAUCAAGAUACUCUUGCGCUGUUGGGGCAGAUGAGCGGUAUCCUUUCAUCUGUCAUUGAUGGCCCAUCUGAACAGACUGUCGAAUUCACCAGCAAAGGAGUGAAGAUAUGUGGAAGAGCGGCUUUCCGGGAUGAUCUUAGACAAGAGAUCGAGACUCAUACAGUGCCCCGGACACUCAACCAGGUGGAAUGGUCGCCGAUUGAGUCAAGUAUCCGCAAGGUUCUUUCCAUUGCAUCCGGGGUGCCUGAAGACUCCAUUGACAAGAGCUCCACAGUUUUCGAGCUUGGCCUGGACAGCAUCAGCGCCAUCAAGGUGGCUGCACUCCUGAAGAAGCAGUCUGUCAAGCUCGCAGUUAGUGACAUGCUUCGGGCUGGUACCAUCGAAAACAUGGCACAAGUAGCCGACGGCAACCAGACGGAGCUAUCGGUCACGAAUAUAUCGAGGGUUCUCCACGAGUCACUCGAUAGUGUCGAUGUGACAAGACUCCUACAGUCGCAUGGUAUUGAUUCGCAACGGGUGCAGAAGGUGUUCCCCGCAACUGCGGGGCAGGUCUAUUUCCUCUCAAUGCACAUUCUGAAUCCCGAGGUAUUCUAUCCUGAGUUUUACUACAUGGCAUCACGACAAUUGAGCCCUGAGGUACUCGAUCGGGCCUGGGCUCGGAUCACAGACCAAAUCCCAAUGCUCCGAACGGCAUUUGUUCCCACUGCCAAUUCUCGAUUAUUGCCCUAUGUGCAGGUCGAGUUUGAGACUGUGCACAUUCCUGUGAUUUGGCAUCCCAAGUUUGAUCGGCAUCUUGUUUCAAGAAGUCUCAAGCAAGAAUUUGGGGCAGUGCCGGUCGCACUGCAUGCCUGUCAAACGAACAAGGGAACGGCGCUUAUUCUCCAAAUCCACCAUGCACUAUAUGACGCUGUCAGUCUACCCCGUAUAAUAGACAGACUUGUGACACAUUGCAGCCAAGAGGAGAUCGCCCAACUAAAUACCGAUCUUGGUCUCUCGCAGCUCGUGGCAUUUCAGUAUGUUCAUUCGCCCGUGGAUGUCCGGCGGCAAUUCUGGCAAAAGUAUCUAGGCCAAAUCCCAACAGCGAUAAAACGAGACGACUUUGGCUCUGUGCAGCAUCAUUAUCGACCGGGCCUCGUUUCAAAUAUGGCUAGCAUUGAAAAGGUUGCUAAGCGCCAUGGUCUUAGCAUUCAGACCGUCUUUUUGGCAGUCUAUGCUCGCGUUCAUCUGCAGGAAUUCAGUGCAGCUGAAACUCCAGAUGAUGCAGGGUCUCACAGGCGGUUAAUAGUUGGAUUGUACCUUGCCAAUCGAUCUCAUUCCAUCGAGGGUUUAGCCGAAUCUGUCAUUCCCACGGUUAACAUUGUUCCACUACGACUGGAUGACAAACUCAGUGAUUCCGACGACACCCUUCUUGACGCGGCCCGCAGAAUUCAAACUGAAAUCAAUGAGAUCAGCCGACCAGAAUAUUCGGGUGUUUCUCUUGUGGAAAUUGCCGAAUGGACGGGCGCCCGAAUCGACACUUGCGUCAAUUUCCUGCGACUCCCUGAGCAAGAAUUGGAAGCACCCAGCAACGGCGAUGGUGAUCACGCAAAGUUCUCUCUCACAUCAAUUCAACGCGAGGAGUUUGAAGAUCUUAGCGGCGCAGCCCCAGUUUCAGAAAAAGUCUCAAUUGAGAUUAAUGGCAAUGGUUUAACGCCACCGGGUGUAGCCGAGACGAGCCCGGGCCUCGAGCAUCCAAGCGCCUCAACGACGGCUCCUCAACCCAUCUUCCAGCCUACGAUCGACGUGGAAGCCGCCAUCCGCAAUGGUCGGUUGGAUUUUGGGCUCUUUGCACCAGAAUCCCGUCUUGACCGAAAUACAGCGGAAAGUGUGAUCGGCGCUAUGCAACGGGAGAUGUCUACAUUAGUGACAGGCUUCGAAUAG